AUGGCCUUCUAUCACUCCCCCGCCUCUCUUUUUAUUGCCCACUGGAAAUUUCACCAUUUCCCUUUAAGCCCUACUCCCAGGCAACCCCUGCGAGCCUCUUUAUCCUCUGCCCUGAAGUCAUCACAAUGGCCAGAGCUGGUUCUGGCUCAGGGCCUCUGUGACAUCACCAACCGCCCAGCCCAGCCCUGGUGCCCAGGCUGGUUCCCAGUCUCCGGGUGCAAGGGCAGACCAACCCACCAUGAGCCACUUUGUCCCCCAUCUCUGCUCACCAUGUGGACGCUGAAAUGGUUCUUGUUCUUUGCUCUGUGCCUCUCCUGCGGCUCUGCCUUUAUGUCUUCUUCCCUGAGAGAGAAAGCCAGAGAACCCAAGGAGAAGGUGCCUUGCGGAGGGCACUUUCGAAUUCGGCAGGAUCUCUCAGAGCAUGUCCAAGGCUGGCUUGGGAGCAAGUGGCUCUGGCUUUUUUUUGUUGUCGUGCUGUAUAUGAUGCUAAAGUUUCGAGGAGAUAGCGAGAAGGAGCAGAAUAAUCCUCCUGCCCUUCAAGGCUGUUCAUUUCGCUCUCCAACAAAGAAAAAUCAAAAUGCUUCCCCCAACAAAGACUAUGCAUUCAAUACCCUAACCCAGCUCCAGAUGGACCUUGUGAAAUUCAUGUCCAAGGUGCAGAAUCUGAAAGCCGCCAUGGCAACCGGCAGUACUCUCAAGCUUCAGAACUCAGAGGUGCCUGCAGACCCACACAAUAAUAUUACAAUAUAUGAGAUAUGGGAAGAAGAAGACUCGGAGUGA